CCCCAUUCGCUCUUGUUAGAAAAACUAUCUCGUUGUAGUGUGCGGGAUUCUUUAUUGUCUCUCCUAUCUUCUUACCUUUCGAACCGUUCUCAGUGUGUGCGUGUGAAUGAUUUUCUUUCAAAUUAGUCAUGUUUGAUUUUAGUUUUGUUUAUUUGUUUUACUAUCAAUUUUGGAUGUUUAUUGCGUUUGUGAUAAUAAUGAUAUACUAUACGAGACAAGAUAAUAAUAAUUCUACUGAACGAAGACGGUGAGAAAAUUUCAAAAAUGUUAUGUUACAAAUUAACUAAUGACCUAUGCUCAUAUAGAUUCGAUCGUACGGAGAAAAGACAACAGAAACAUCGUCGUGACAGUACCACAUCUGGAAAUGACACUGAAGAACAACAAAAUCAGAAUUCAUCGCCAGCAUCUGAUAUAAAACGAACUUCAUACGAAAAGAUGAGUACUUCUGUUCAACCUACAAUAAAUUUUGAAGAAUUCGAUAAACAAUUUCUUCAACGAUAUCUUAGUCCAACCUCAUCGAAUGUUAUUGUUGUUUUGUUAAUUUGUGACAAACCAAGUGACUUGUUUAUUACACAUUUUCGCAGACAAGCAUUAGAAAUAAAAGACUCGCGAUUAGUCUACACCAUUCUUUAUCGAUCUCAUUCGCCUAUUUGGCUUGAUCUAUUACGAGAAAAUAUUGAAGAUAGUAAUUAUCGCAAUCUAAUGACAUUUGCUCAAUCAACUGUGAUUGCAUUAUAUCUACGUCGACGCUAUUUUGUACCAUAUCUUUCGUUUCAAACAAUAAAACACAGAAAUUCAUUAACAGACGAUGAUACUGAUGAGACUCAAACUGCAUUUUUAGGUUUUGAUAAUAAUGAGAAAACGCGUACAUCUUCUUCUUCAUCUUCAAGUUCAUCUUCAGAUAAUUCAUUUUCUGAUUUUCUUUCAUUGUUACUCGAUGGAAUAAUACGAUCUCCAAUAUAUGUCAAAGAAUGGCCAUUGAGAUUUAAAGAAUAA